ACUUUAAUCAUAUAUUACACCUUUUUAGGAUGAAUCAGCGUGUGUCCCAGCACGCCCUGCGAGGUCAGCUCAUUGCAUUCUACAAUAGCCUAAGAAGCCUCUUAGAUGAUUUCCCUGUUGUCAGAGACAAGUACUUUAUAAUUGGACUCUCUCAAGGAAAAAAAGAGCAGGAGUUAAAGGAAAACUUUGCAGCUGAUCCCAGAUUCUUCCAUCCUCGGCCACACUAUUUGCUGUCCCCAGAUGGAUGCACCUUCCUUAAUUUGUGGUUCAUCCCUCACCCUACUGAAGUGCUGAUUAUGUUCAAGAUGCUUUCAGAGAAGGCUGCUCUCAAAGCUCUCCGCCUAAGCCUACAAAUUGUUGGUGCAUUUCAUGAUGUCGUUGCCUACCUCCUGGCUUUUGCUCAGUUAGGAAAUUCACCAAGCUCUUUUUGUGCCUUAAACCCAGAGCCUUUGACUCCAGACUGGGGAGGGACUGGAAGGAUUGGGACUGAACUUCAAGAGAUACAGAGAAUGAUUGACAGCCUCCAGAAUCCCCAGGAUCCCAGUGAAGUAGCCCAACUGCUAGCUGCUCACAGGGAUGUAAUGUUUCUACAGUUUGAUGCAGCAAUCAGACAUCGACUACGGGAGACAUUUUUGUCCUCUGGGAAUGUUUCAGCCUACCAGAGUAUUACAGACAGGAUAUACCAUGCACUGCCUCCACUGAGUAACUCCGUGAUUCCAAGUGUGUUUGCUGCACAGCUGAGGCUCCCACAGCUGCUGGAUGUUCAGAGCUGCAGAACACUCAUGCAUUUUCCUUGGAGGACAUUCCUAAUGGAUGAAGGAUUGUUUCCAGUCUCUAUUAACAACACAAUUAAUUUAAAUUACAACAUGCAGUUAUGUCUGUGCAACCUGAAUGAUGCAGACCGAAGAGUUGCUCAUGGGGAGCUAGCUGCCAUGCAGUUUCUAAUGGAGGAUGUCCUGCAGAACCACGAUGACUCCGCUGUGGACAAUCAUGCUGAUUGUCAAGCCUCGUUAGCUAACAGCAUGCAGCAGAACUCAGAAGAGAUGACUCACCCAAGCGCUAACUGGUUGCAGAGCAGCAAAAGGACGUGCAAACUUCUAAUGAGGCAUCAUGAUCCAGUUACAUCAUGUAACUUGCUAAGGUCUUUUCUGGUGCUGUGGAAACAACUGGAAAUAUUAAAGGCAGAAUGGGGCCGGCUCAAGCUGAGGACUGAGGAUAUCAAUACCGUUCCUCUCUACAAAGAGUUUUGUGAGCGAUAUGGCAGGGAAAUUCUGUACCCAGCCAUGAAAGCCAUGGCCAGGCAAAUGGGCAUUGAGGAGGACAUCAGAGAGCCUAUCACAAGCACUCAGCAUGUACUUCCCCCAAGAGGAGUAUCAGAAACUGAAAUGAAAAUGUAUCAGCUUCAAAAACUUCUGGAAAGCCUGGAAAUCCACAUGAUCCAUGAUGUGCAGAAGAAGAUUAAGCAGGAGAUGACUCUAGUGAUAUCUGAAAGAGCCAGACAAGAGAGCAGCCUCCCUACUGAGCUUUGGAAACACAAAGUAAUGCAAGAAAAUUUCUCUGUUGUACGACCACAGAUAGUUGAAACAUUUGUUCAAAGGCUGAUGGAAAACUAUGAAGGAUCAGAUACAGAGGUUACUUUUAAAAAAAACAUUUACAACAGUGUCUUACUGUGCUGGGCUGUGACAUCAUGGCCAGAGAACGCAGCAACUUUGAGACCUACUCCAUGUUUUAUGAAAAUAUCCUUCAGCAGCUGCACCGUCUACUUUACCAAAAAGAGCAAGUAUGCUCAGAGCAUUGAUUUUUCUCUUUUCAGAACUGGAGAAGGAGGUUUCUUUGGGUGGGAAGAGCUGCAUGCUGUGGAAGAUGGUGGCAACCAAAAUGAUAUGUCUCUGACACAGAUUGCCGGGCUGAGUCAUGAGAUGAUUAUGGAAAUAACUGCUCUCAGAGCCCAGCUCGCUGACUUGGAGGAUGAAAAUGCUGGUCUCAAAGAGAAGAUUAGAAAAGAAGUACGGGAUGAAUAUGAGUCAUUAGUGCGGAACCUAUUUGGGACGUGUGUCCAUCUAAAAGGAAAGUUGGAUGUCUAUCGACUUAGCAUUGAGCAACAAGUGCUUGAAAUCAUCAGUGAAGUGAGAAGGGAAGGAGUUGACAAUAUGAUUGAUCUGAAGAAAAAGUUUGGCUCCCCUGAAACUAAUGAUGACUUGGAAGAACACUGGUCUAAACAGGAGCAGCUGCAGCUCAUGCAGGAUGAAAAUAUCAGCCUAAGCAAGCUGGUGUGCAAGCUGAGGGCUCUGAGCUGCUGGAAACACACCAUUCAGAAAGCACAGCUCUCUGCAAAGCUGAGAUACGCUGAGAAGGAAGCUCUUCAAAACAAAAAAGAGUGUCUUAAUGCAAAGAUGAUGGCAGAACAAGAGGUGACUUCACUGCAGGGUCAGCUCAUGUCUGCAAGGAAAGCUCUUGAAAAAUCUCAAGCAGAAAAUGACAAACUAAAGGAACAGCUGCAUAAGCAGAAACAAAUGCUAUUAGAGCACCAGAAGACACAAGAAGCCAGGAAAAGACAAAUUCUCAGUGUGGUGAAAGCUCAAAACAUGGAGAAGGUCCUUGAAGAGAUGGAAGAGAAAGAGCAGAAACUGAAAUGCUUGGUAAAGGAAGCUGAAAAGCCUUCUAAAACAGGACUACUUCAACAAAAAAGGGCCAAAACAGCUAUGCAGCAGAUAAGAAGCCAGUUAACCCAAGAGUUCAGCUUAAACCUGGAGACCUUCCAGAACACUGAUGAACUGCCAUGUCAAGUUUAUGACCUGGAAGCUGCAGUUUCCCAUAGGAACAUGGCUGCAGGUUCUGCAGCUCAGGUCCGGAAUAACAAGACUGCAGCAUUCACUCAGCUUGAGGAUUACAAGCAGGAGCCUUUGAAUCCUGAUCCAAGAAACAGCACUGUAAAAAGAAGAAACACUCAAAGACCGAAGACAGUACCUAGCAGAUGGAAGCAGAGUACGGCAGUUGGGCUGUUGCCACACCUCAAUGAAAAAUCUCUUCCUACUGUCUUCGCACAGCUACAGGAACACAGGCUGGUCUGGAAAUAAACCUAGUUGUAUUUUUAGUCAGCCCAGGGCAUUUUAGAAAUUACUGCUGAGUCGGCAAUCUUGAAGAGAAGUACAAUUUAUACACAAAUCAAAGGGAGGCAGCAACUCCCCAGUGCUGUGCAUGUAUACUUCAAUAUCAUAGAAUGGCCAACCACCAGACCAGGCUGUCCAGAGCCACAUCCAGCCUGGCCUUGAAUGCCUCCAGG